GAAGACGAGGAAAAAGACGACGACGACGACCUCAUAUCCUGUGACGUCUCUGUGCGUGUUGUAGAAGGUUUAUGUGAGGUGUGUGUAUGUUCAGCAGAGGAAGCUUGGGAUUGCUAUAAAACCUGCAGGGAGAAAAUGAAAGCCAGCGCAGGAAGUGUCUCCAGCCGAUGCAGCUUCCUCUUCUCAGUGACAGCUGAGUGGAAACUCCAUCCGGAGCAGGUGGAGUCGGAUGUCUGUCGCAGUAAACUGCAGCUGUUCAGCCUCGCCGGAGGAGCCAGCAGGACUGACCUCAGAGGGGUCACCCCACUGUUGAAGGUCCUUGACCAAACCCUAAAUCCUUCCCCUGCAGUCAGCGACAGCCUCCUUCAUGCUCUGCUUAAAGAGGCACUCACAGGAAACAACAGGACAUUCCUCAUCUACUGCAUCAACCCUCAAGGUUUCCUGGGUGAUGAAACUCAAUCUGCUUUACAUUUGGCUCAGAAAGCGAGAGGAUUAGUCACCAAGCCCACUUCUGUUCAGUGGAAUCCGAGGACGGCUGAGCGAGAGCUUCGUGAAAGCAUCAUGGAGCUACAAGAUGUGAUGGUUCAAGGGGAGAGUGAGCUUCACAGCAUUUACAAGUUAGCUCAGCUGACGCAGCAUCUGAAGGCCGUGAAAAACCAGUCAUGGGAGAAGAGGAGGGAGGAGUCAGAGAAGAUGAAAGUCAAAAUUAAGGGAUCAUCAGUCGGCAGCCAGCAGUUUUCUCUAGAUUGUCUCGCUGAUCGUAAAGAAAGGAGCGAAACAGCUAAAUAUCUACAGGAAAAGCUGAGACAAGAAAUGGAGGACCACAUCAGGGAAGGCAAAGGCAGUCCGGAGAAAGUCCAGGAGAGAGUAACCAGGAUCCAACAGCUGAAAGAGGCCCUCAGAGAAGAAACGCUGAAGAAUGGGGCCGUUUCAGAAAAGUCUCAACUUUCUCAACAAUCUCAGUCGGAAUACAAUGAAGCACAGGAGCGGAGGAGGCAACUUAAGGAGGAUCACACGAGAUUAAUCCAGGAGGAGGUGGCGGAGAUGGAGAGAGACUUGGCGCAGGAGCAGCCGCCGACAGAAAGCCCUCAGAGGGAGCUGCUGGUGCUGAGCAGAGAGAGGCGGGUGCUGGUGAUGCAGAUCGAGGCGCUUCGUGCCGAGGCCCGGCAGGCGGAGAGCGACCUUCAGGAUCAGCACCGCAGACACCAAACAGAGCUGCAUUGUUUGAGGGAGGAGAGCCUGCAGGUGUUCAGGGCGUUUCGUCAAGUCAGCGAGGAGCAGAGGAAGAUCUCGGAGGGCAGAUACAGGAGCGUGCUGCUGGAGGCUGUGCAGGACGCCGUCCACCUGUCCGCUCAGAACCAGCAGCUGAGAGCUGAGAACAAGCAGCUUCCGACAAGCACUGGGGGAGGUAAAGGAUGCUCUUGCUGUGCGAGGAGAUCCUGUGGCUGACCUGACGAACCAGUGAGAAUGAGGCUCGUACUUGAAAUCAUGAAAAGACGUCAGUGAAUGGUUCAGAAAAUGUAUUGGUCACCAACACAACAUGUAACACUUUAUCCCUGAUGAUGAUGUUUAAAUAAGAUACGCUUUAGGAUUAUGGAUCCUUGUCGGAUGUCUCUGCAGCAAUGUAACGGUCCAACAUAAAAAAAAUGACAUCAACAUUUAAA